CUCACAUUAAGGCGGGGACUGGUGGUGGCUGUUUUACCGGCAACAAUUCACAAAUACUCUCACUGCGGUGACUCUAAUUGUUGAGCCAAAUAUUUGUGCUUUUAGAGCAACUUUGAACGCGCGCAAUGGCUGAAAAGAUAGAAGUGGAAGUUAAGUCACCCAACGGGGAGGCUCACCUCAACGACCCGGUGUCCAAUGGACUGAACAGCGGGAAAAAGAGCAGCUCGGAGACGACGUCCGAGAAGGUGAAGAGGAUAGUCAUGGCCAACCUGCUGGUGAUCCUCACCGUGGCUGGGGUCAUCAUCGGUGUUUUCAUCGGGCUCGGUGUGCGCAACGUGGCGCUCACCAGAACCCAGAUGAUCUACAUCGGAUUUCCUGGUGAAAUACUCAUCCGUUUGCUGAAGAUGAUAAUCAUCCCCCUGGUGGUGUGCAGCCUGGUGUCCGGGGCGGCCAGCAUCGACCCCAAAGCCCUGGGCAAACUUGGUGGCUGGGCUAUGCUGUUCUUCCUGGUUACCACCUUGAUCGCCUCAUCCAUCGGUGUCAUUAUGGCUUUCAUCAUCCAACCCGGGUCGGUGUCAGUCACCAAACCGACGCUGACAGCCAUGGAUGGCAGCGUACCUCAAGCUAAAGAAGUGGUUGACUCAUUCUUAGAUUUGAUCCGAAACAUCUUUCCCUCCAACCUGGUGUCUGCUGCCUUUCAAUCAUAUGCAACCAGCUACAAAAUGGUUACUAAGAAUGGCACAGAUGGAAACUUGAGCAUCACAGUGGAGAAGGUGCCGUUUGGAAUAGACCAGGACGGCAUGAAUAUUCUUGGUCUGGUAGUGUUUGCCAUUGUGUUUGGUGUGGCUUUGAGGAAGCUGGGAGAGGAAGGAGAGCUCCUGAUCAAGUUCUUCAACUCCUUCAAUGAGGCCACCAUGGUGCUUGUCUCCUGGAUCAUGUGGUAUGCCCCUCUUGGUAUCAUGUUUCUUGUAGCUGGUAAGAUCGUUGAAAUGGAGGAUGUUGGCACACUGUUUGCCAGCCUGGGGAAAUAUAUAGCCUGCUGUAUGAUUGGACAUGCCAUUCAUGGCUUUCUUGUGCUGCCCGCCAUCUACUUCGUCAUUACAAGAAAGAAUCCAUACACCUUCCUCUGGGGGAUAUUCACAGCUCUGGCAACAGCCUUCGGAACAAGCUCCAGCUCUGCCACCCUACCCCUGAUGAUGAAAUGUGUGGAGGAAAAUAACGGCGUAUCGAAGCACAUCAGCCGCUUUAUCCUGCCCAUUGGAGCUACGGUCAACAUGGACGGAGCUGCUCUCUUCCAAUGUGUGGCUGCUGUUUUCAUAGCUCAGCUGAACAACUAUACUCUCAACUUUAUUCAAGUCAUCACCAUCCUCGUGACAGCUACAGCAUCCAGUGUUGGAGCAGCAGGUAUACCUGCUGGUGGUGUGUUGACUCUAGCUAUCAUUCUGGAGGCGGUCGGAUUGCCCACCAAUGACAUCUCUCUGAUCCUGGCUGUUGACUGGCUUGUUGAUCGUACCUGCACAAUACUGAAUGUAGAGGGUGAUGCCUUUGGGGCUGGGCUCUUGCAGUUCUUUGUGGACCGUACCAAGCAAGAUGAAGGAGCAGAGCUGAGCGAGGUCAGGCUCGGAGAGCAGUCAGCCAUGGAACCCGAGAACUCACCGCUCAUUGAGAAACGAGGUGGGAGGGACAACGCAGAAGGUGCUAAUGCAGUGGUCCCCCAUGAAAAAGAGUCUGCUAUGUAAUCCAUCUGCUGACAUCACCAGUGAUCCCCUCAUAUAUCUGAUGCUCCCCUGAGCUGAAACCUGAGGUUCUGGCCCCCUUUCCUUUUUUUUCUGCCUUGAAGAAAAGAGUGUGCGGAGAGAGGAUGGACAUGCACACUACAAUGUAAAGAAAAGCCCUCAGUCCUAAUAACAAACGUCAUGGUGGGAAUUCAGAAUCCUUUCUUUCUUAGGGACAGUAUUGAGCAUAAGUCUGGCUACUGAAUUGACAUAGACUGCAUAUACAUUUUGGUUGGUCCUCCUCUAUUUUAAAGGCAGAAUUUUACCACCUGACCAAGUCCUGUAUACAGUUUAUUAAUCCGUCACAAGUGGGAUUAUCAAAUGACCAAUAUAUUCUGCCACAGCAAUAUAUAGUGCGUUAGUGAGUCCCUGCAAGAAGUUGGAGGUAAUGGCAAAUGUUACAAAUAGUAGAAAUAUUGGUCCAUUCAUGAUGCAGAAAUGCAAAUAUUAGUCCGCUGUUACCUCUUCGUACCAUCUCAUUUAAUUAAAACAUGCAUGAGUAAACCACUGGUAUUCAUCACUUGCUCGUCUUGGUAACCAUUUCCUGGUGGAAAAUUUCGACUUUAAAAGUUGACGAGGACCGUUGUAUAGUACAGCUUGCUGCACCCAGUCUGUGUUAGCCAGACAGUCUUUAUAGUCUUCAUCUGGAAACCAUUACAUUCAAAAUGUUCUUGUUGCCAUCACCUUUUUUCUUUUUUUCUUUUAUGUUCAAUUUUGUCACAUUUCAAGCUUCAGGUUUAGGAAAAUGAUCAAGAAGGAUCAUGUAUGUUGUAAGUCGUAUCAUUUUAUGCUUUUUUUAUCUGAACAUACAUUAUUUGUGUAUUUUAUCAUGCAUGGUUACAAGCACUUUCAUACAGAAUUCAUCCAUUUUAUUCAAACUGCAUUUGUAUGAACAUUAGUUUAAUGAUAUUCCAUAAAAUCUGCAUGAAAAUGUGAUGAUGUGUG